UCCUCUGAAAUUUCACUUUCACUGAACUAUUCUCGUGAAAGUUAACGUUAUAUCUAACGGAGAUUUAAAAGAUAAAAUUCUUUCUUCAAUUAUGUUCAAGCUAGCUGCUAUCUCUAUCAUAAUACUAGUAGUAUACUCGAUGAAACUUGAUAAAUGAUCUACCAGUUUACGUUUUGUUCUUUGUCGGUUCUCUAUAUAACCACAAUACCUGAUAGAGAAAUUAAGAGCCGACAACUCUAAGAUCGAUUCAGCUUAAUAUCAUCAAGAAAGUUCUUGAAAAGCAGGUGAUUAAAUAAUUCUAUAUAUUAUUAGGGUUUUGGAAGACAAGAAGAUUGUGUUUGAGUUAUAUAUAAUUAAUGUCGGAGAGAUUUGAAUCAUCUGGGUGUUUACACUCGACAGCAAAUUUCCUAGACAGUUCAUCAUCACUAGCAGUCCUUGGAAUGAAUGGUUUAAGGCAACAUCAGCAGUCUGAUCAAUCACAUGUGGCGCAACAAAGUCGUCGCGUUAAACUACGGGUUCCACAUACUUCAUCGUCUCAUCAAUUACAAGAUUUUGCAGGCCAUUUGGUGCAAUUACCUAACAAAUAUUCAGCUCUUAGUAAUAAUCAUUCUGACGUUUUUCGAGUUAGUAGCUUUAGAGAUUAUAGUAGUACUGAUUUACUUAGUCAUCACCAUCAUCAACAUGACCCUAUUCCUACUACUAACACUAGUUCUAUAUUUCCCUCUCAUAAUCAGCAUAGCGAGAUUCAUCAUAACCCUAGUAUGUUAUUGGCUGAUGAACAGAAAGAUGUUAUAAUGAAUCAAGAGCCAAACUGUGUGCAGCCAUCAGCAAUUAGGGCCAUUUCAAUAGAUCAUCAGGAUUCACCUUCAUUUGCUAAUUCUUCUUCUUCGUAUCGCGUCGUUCCGUCAGACUUUAUGCCCACCUCUUCUUCUUCUAAAGUACUUAAUGAUCAACAAACUCUUUCUUAUUGGAAAGGACAACAAAGUUGUGAUUGGAUUUCAAAUUUUGUGAAUGGUUCUAGUAGUAAUAAUGUUAAUAGUAACACUAGAAGUAUGAAAGAAGUUGAUUUUUCCGCUGCUCCGUUGUAUAUGAAGCAUGGUUGUAAUGGGUAUCAAGAUGUUCAGUCUUCAUUUACUACUAGUAAUCAAGUUCCUGAAGUCUCAAAUCAAGAUUGUCAAAAGCCGUAUGGUGAAAUGAACUUCAAUAAUUCUCCAUUGAAUGUUUACCAAACCAGCCUUCAAGAUGUUGUGACUACUUCUUCAAAUAUAGGUUUUGAAAUGGUGCCACUAGUAGAACAAAAGUUAAGGGAAACUGGUAAUGGAUCAUCAUGGGUUGAUGGUGGCAAUGAAUUGGUUCUUCUUCCAAGUUAUGUUAAUCAAUCAAGUGUAUCACAAGUUAAUGAAGCUAGUACUACUUGGACGAACAGGCCAGUUGAUCAUGGUAGUUCUAGUAGUAGUCAUCAUUGGAAUGGGGAAUUAGGUUUUGCAGCAGAUAAACGUGGCGGAAACUUUGUGGGUGGUGAUCCUACAACUCAGAGCUUAUCUUUAUCACUUUCCUCACAUCGACCACCUUCAGAAUUGCAUGCACCUCCUUAUGGAGAUAGAUUUGGUUCUGAUCUGAAUAUGCAAUAUAAGAUGGGAACUUGCAGUGGUUCUCAAGAUACGAGGAGUAACAAUCCAGGUUAUUUAUUCUCGGAUCAGCUAUCACCCACCCGUUUUAAAGCUGGUAAUUCUGUUGAAAAUAUCGAGGGUUCCUCUGCAUAUGCCCGUCGUUGUUCUGGUCCUCUUGGGCCUUUUACUGGGUAUGCAACUAUUUUAAAAAAUUCCAAGUUCUUGAAGCCAGCUCAACAGCUCUUGGAUGAAUUUUGUGGUAUAACGGGUUCUAAGCUCGUCGCAACUGAAAUGACUAAUAAAGGUUUUAGAGAAGUAAGCAGUUUAUCAGAUCUGGUGAAUGAUGAAAGUGAGAUUGGCAGGAGAGAUGGGAAUUCUGGCGUCUCAUCUUCAAUUUGCAGUUCUAAAAGCGUAGGUGAAGGCAGAGUGGGAAGUGGACAUUGUCAAUCCUACCAACCCGAGUUCCAGCAGAAGAAAGCAAAGCUCUUAUAUAUGUUAGAGGAGGUCUGCAGACGAUACAAGCAAUAUCAUCAACAGAUGCAAAUGGUGGUGUCUUCUUUUGAAUCAGUAGCUGGUCUUGAUGCUGCCACACCUUACACUUCUUUGGCUUUGAAAACAAUCUCGAAACACUUUCGGUGCUUAAAGAAUACAAUUGCUGAUCAGCUCAGGCUCAUAAGGAAGGCAUUAGGAGAGGAUUUCUCAUCCCCUACUAGUAGAGUAAGCAGUAACAAGGGUGAUGCUACAGUACCGAGGCUGAGAUUUAUUGAUCAGAAUCCUGGAAAACAAGCAGCUCUUGGGAACAGGCUAGGCUUUCUUGAAACCCAACAUCACAUUUGGAGACCUCAAAGAGGUCUUCCGGAACGGUCAGUUGCUGUUCUGAGAGCGUGGUUGUUUGAGCAUUUCCUUCACCCAUAUCCAACGGACACAGAUAAGCAUAUGCUUGCAACUCAGACGGGUCUUACACGAAGCCAGGUAUCAAACUGGUUCAUUAAUGCUCGAGUACGAGUGUGGAAGCCCAUGGUGGAGGAGAUGCACAUGCUUGAAACCAAGGCAUCAUCGGAUGUGGACCUAAGUCCUGGGAGGCAAAGCAGUAUAAAAUCUAGUAUGAUGGAUUGCAGCAGUCAGAGAAUGCGUGAAUAUCAGUGCACUGACGAGCUCAUGGUAAAUCCAAUAUCUGGAAGGGGACAAGAAUAUCUCAAUAUCAUAUCAUCAAAUGCUGAAGUUGGUCAGAGUUCAGAACAACAAUGGCACCAGGAGAAACGGUCUAGGAUGGAAUGUCAAAUUCCGUCGUCAGGCAUGGAUGGAGGUUAUAUGGGAUUCAUUCCAUACCAUCAAAGCGCUCUCGAGCUUGGCGGACUUGGAUCUGUUUCACUGACAUUAGGGCUCCGACGCAGUGCAGAAAGUGGACAACAACAGCAGCAACAUGAGGAUCAUCUAAGGAGACAUUUUGGAGGUCAGAUGGUUCAUGAUUUUGUGGGGUGAUUUGGUCCUGGAUCUUUCUUGUAAGUGUAAAAAUGGUUCUUUGCUUAAAUUUUACAGAAUGAGUGUGAGAGAAGAGGGACACUUGACCAAAACGGUGUCAGAUGUAAUUAAGUUGGGUUCUCAGAUCAUUCUCUUUUUCUCCCCUUUGCUUUUCUCAAUUGUAGCUCUGUGAUGGAGAAAUUGUUUCCUGUAUUGCUGAGCAUACUUUUAUCACGCAAAAGUGAAGUCUGCCGUGAAAUGAUUUUGUUACUC